GGUUGGGCUCCUUCCGUCGCCGCGCUUCUCUCGGGGCCGCCCGCUGCGAGUAGCGGCGAUGUCCAGCCUGGCCGCUCAGGACGCCUACCUGCAAGGCUUGGCGAGGAAGGUCUGCGCGCAGAACGCCCCGGAAUCGCGGAAGAGGAAGUUCGUAUCGAAGUCAGGCCAGCCAGAUGAUGCUGGCAGGCAGCUCAAGAAAAAGAAGAGAAGGAAGUCCAGGAAGCAAGUUGAGAAGACAGAUUCUCCUGCAGUUAAACAAGAGGUGUCUAAGACUAAUAAACUUGCUCCAGGACAGAAAGCAGCCCCACAGGCCAACAAAUCACCUCCAGGGGGUGUUAAGCAGAACAAAAACGAGAAUUCUGUUACAGAUGCCAAAAGUGAACGUGGUUCCACUUCUUUUUCUGCAAUAAAUCUCUUGCGUCAGAGACUUCAUGAGAAGAUUAAAGAAGCUUCUGGGCGGGACGAUACCAAAGAAUUGCCUCCUUCAGUCCUGGAGAAGAGGCGACGAAGAAAGUAUGAAAAAGAGAGAAAGAAGCGCAAAAGAAAGGAGUUGAAGAUGAAGGCAAAAGCAGUGAAGGAAGAAACUGAGGAGGUACCUAUAGAGCCACAAAGCAAAAAGGAAGAGAGCAAAGCUGAGAUUGUCUUCAACAGGAUCAAAGUGCAUGAAGAGAAUGAGCUGAACAAGAUCCAGAAGAAAAAAGAGAAGAGGAAAGGAGUGAAGGGGAAAAUCACUCCUCUGACAGGUAGGAAUUACAAGCAGCUGCUGAGCAGGCUGGAGAUUCGGAAGAAUAAGCUGGAGGAGCUCAAGGAAAAGGACCAGAAGAAAGCUCAGGAUCUGGAGAUGAAAAUGAAAUGGACAAACGUUCUGUAUAAGGCAGAAGGUGUGAAGAUCCAUGACGAUGAGGAGCGUCUGAAGGAGGCUCUGAAGCGCAAAGAGAAGCGGAAAGCACAGCGCCAAAAGCAGUGGGAGAAGAGAACAGAAAAAGUGGUAGAAAGGAUGCAGCAGCGGCAGGAGAAGCGUCGCAAGAACAUUCAGAAGAAGAAGAAGGAGAAAAUUGAGCAGAAGAAAGCCAAGGCCCGGAAGAAGGGUCGUGUUCUGCCAGAGGACUUGAAAAAAGCUGGCUUGUAGUGGCCCAGGAGGCAGCUGGACUUGUGUCCUGGCCGUGUAAGCUGCAGUUAAAGGCAGUUGAUGGGAUUCUUGUGGCAGUCUUUAAUGGGGCUAUUCCAGCACAUCAGCCUGCAGCUGUCCCAGCCUGGAAUUGAGGUCUGGGGGUGUCACUGUCACCUCUUCCCAAGUCAAUAAUAAUUAAAAAAAAAAAAAAAAA